UGGACGGCGGCGUCGAGGAGGCGGGACUUUGGCGCCACUCCGCGCGCUGCGAUUGGCUCAGACGUGAUAGUAGGACGGCUUGCUUGCGCCGGUUGCGCAAGACGCCAUUUUGGAGUGACGGCAGCCAAUCUAACGGAACAUAACGGAAGCACCCACAAGUGUCGUCGCCAUGGGGAAUAUGUUCGCUACCCUUUUUAAGGGCCUGUUUGGCAAGAAAGAGAUGAGGAUCCUAAUGGUGGGCCUGGACGCCGCCGGGAAGACCACCAUCCUUUAUAAACUCAAGCUCGGAGAAAUAGUCACCACCAUUCCCACCAUCGGUUUUAAUGUCGAGACGGUAGAGUACAAGAACAUCAGCUUCACCGUGUGGGACGUGGGCGGUCAGGACAAAAUCCGCCCGCUGUGGCGCCACUACUUCCAGAACACUCAAGGUCUCAUCUUCGUGGUGGACAGCAACGACCGGGAGCGCGUGAACGAGGCCCGGGAGGAACUCUCUCGAAUGCUGUCGGAGGACGAGCUCCGAGAAGCCGUUCUUCUGGUCUUCGCAAACAAGCAGGACCUCCCGAACGCCAUGAACGCCGCCGAGAUCACGGACAAGCUGGGCCUGCACUCGCUGCGCCAACGCAGCUGGUACAUCCAGGCCACGUGCGCCACCAGCGGCGAUGGCCUCUACGAGGGCCUCGAUUGGCUGUCCAACCAGCUCAAGAACCAGAAAUGAGCGUUCCGCGCGCCACCCGCCGACCGACCGACACACGCGUCUUUCUUGUUUCUUUGGACCGACACACGCGUCUUUCUUGUUUCCUUGUUCUAUUUCCGCACGCCCCCCUUUCCCUCAUCUCGGGGGAAAUAACGCUGGCGUGCCUUUUACACCCGUGUGGACCCCGACCUCCCUCUGUCUAAACCCCCCCCCCCAGAGGAAGCAUGCUUUUCAUUGCCCCGCCCCCUCACCGUAUUAAAUGCCUGAUUGCUAGAUGUCAUUUCACUCCUGUAAGAAGCAUUUAACCUGUAUCAGGUCAGAGUUCACCCCCCAACCCCCCGCUGUCAAGCAUGAAAAUCAUGCUUCCUCUACAAUCACAGCUGAGCCCCCCACCCCAGCACAAGGCGCGUUUGUGGGAGGAGUCUUGUGGAAACAUUUCAAACAAACAUUUAUUUUCAUUUUUUUCUUCUACUUGUUCUCGUUCUUCCUGUCACGCAAUUCUAUUUGUACUUCUGACUGCUCAACCAACCAAAACCAUCCCAGCAGUUUUGACGACGACGACAACAACAACAAAAUGUCCAGCAGCCAGGCAGGAAGUUUUGAAGUCGCCCAGCGGCGGGCGGCGUCACCGUUCGGUUCGGAAGAAGGAUUUGGGCACCGGAUCAGAUGGCCCCAUCACACGGGCGAGAAGGGUGCGCGCUCGCGUGGCAGGGGCGGGUCUGCGGGGACGGAGUCAGCGGGCCACCCGCGCCGUCCUCAGCCCGCCGCAAUGAUUGUAAAUGUGUAAACUGUUUUGUGGGCUUUCCUCAACACAUAUUAAGAAAAAUAAAACGUGAGUUGAUCAAAAAAAAAGAACGCGCCAUGACGUCAUCACGCACCGCAAACAUUCACACGUGUGCCGCACCGCGCUGGGCCGCCAGGUGGCACCAAAGAACCGGCAACAAAAGCACAAGACAAUUGGAAGUGUUCAGUUGUACAACCAGCUUUUUAAUUAAAUUAUUAAUGACA